AGUCCGUGGGUUGGCACUUGCGCUUUUGUUUACAAAAUUUGAAUCUCAUAGUUAGUGGGAAGGAUGAAAAGAAUGUGUAUCACUGUUCAGAAUUAAGUCUGAUUUGCUGUUUGAAUAUAGCAAAACAUUGCCAGCAGAUCUGAAAUCGUUAUCCCUUAGUGGAAUAUAAUGAUUAUUCCGUUAUAAAUUAAUUGACCAGUAGCAGUGAUUUUUUUCGUAGAUUCUGAUGGAACCGCCUACAGAAUUUCUUUUUCCUUUUCCUGCUUAUCAAAUUCAAAAAGAGUUUAUGAACCAGUUGUACAUGUGCCUCGAAAAUGGUAAUCUAGGAAUUUUUGAGAGUCCUACCGGAACAGGGAAAUCUCUCUCAAUUAUUUGCGGGGCUGUUAAGUGGCUCCUAGACCAUGAGAACUACAAGAAAAAUGAUUUGAUUGAUAAGAUAGGAGUGUUAAACAUGAAAUUAAUUGAGAUUGAAAAGAAGAAAAGUACAGAUUGGUUCAAUGUUCAGGUAGGCCAACUUGAAAUACAAAAAGAAAAACAAACCCUUCAAAAUAAAUUGGAUUUGAUACUAAGAUAUGAGGAAAAAAUGUCUAAAAUAAAGCAAAAGAUUACUGCCAAUGGUGAAAAAUUAUGCCACAAAGCAAAAUUCGCCAAAUCAGCGUCUACAAAUUUAAUCCAGGGUAAUGAUGAAAAAUGUAAUGACCUGUCUGAUGACCAUUUGAUUUUGGAAGAUUUUUCUGAUUGUUCAGAUGAGUCAGAUGAAGAAAGUGAUCGCUAUGAGAGCACCAAAAUAUAUUUCUGCUCCAGAACACAUACACAGCUGUCCCAGUUCAUUGGGGAAUUAAAACGCAGCCCGUACACCGAUUCCGUACGCUUGAUACCUCUAGCAUCUCGUUUAAGUUACUGCAUAAACGACAGUGUCAAAAAGUUAAAACACCUCAGUCUGGUAAAUGAGCGGUGUUUGCAGUUACAGCGUAAGAAGAUGACAAGUAAAGAUGAGAGAAAUGUUAAAAAAUCCAAGAUCACCACAAACUGCCCCUUUUUACCUGGCAAUCAGGAGUCUCUGAAGACUCAAAUCUUGGGUGGUAUAAAAGACGUAGAAGAUAUAGUCCAGAUAGCCAGGGAACUUGAAACUUGUGCUUACUAUUCGUCACGGAAUACGAUAGAGGAUGGUCAUGUUAUCGUCGUACCAUACAACUCAAUCUUACACAAAAGCACGCGCUCAAGCUUGGGAAUUAAUCUUAAGGGAAACGUACUGAUCAUAGAUGAAGCCCACAACUUGUUGGAUGCUAUAGAACGAAUGCAUAGCACUGAAGUAAAUGGGAGGAAUCUUUUGCAUUCUUUCAAUCAAUUGACUGAGUAUCAAAACAGAUUUGAGUCUCGGCUUUCAGCAAAGAAUCUUUUACUUGUGAGUCAGUUGAGUUUCUGCCUGAAGAAAUUGAUAAAGUUUCUCGGCGGAACUAGUAAAUCUGACCCAGAGGAUGAAGUUGCUGAGAAAGUUUCACGAUUAUACACACUAGUAGAAUUUGAAGUCCUCGCUGAAAUAGAUACUAUAAAUUUAUUUCACCUGAUGGAUUUUGUGAAGAAUUCGAAACUAAUUUAUAAACUCCAGAAUUACAUCGAUAAAGUUGGGAGUACUGUAACCAUUCAUGAAACUAGAAAAAAAAAGACUGGAGUUUCAGGUUUUUUAAAGAGUCUUCAAGGGAAAGAUUUGGAAGCUGAGGACAACUCUUCGAAUGAGAAUACAAAGCCAAUCGAAAAUCAAUCUAAUUCUUUCAUGGUUGUGAUGAAUUUUUUUGAAUGCCUAAAAAACAACUCUUGUGACGGACGCAUAUUCUUGCUUCCCGCAUCAACGUUAGGUCAAGCUGCACUAAAGUUUGUUCUCUUGAAUCCUGCAGCUCAUUUUGCAGACAUUGUAACAGACGCGAGGGCAAUUAUUCUGGCUGGUGGAACAAUGGAACCUAUGUCUGAGUUCAGGGAUCAAUUAUUUGCUAGCGCAGGGGCUGAUCCUGCAAGGAUACACAUAUUUUCUUGCGGACACGUAGUUCCGAAGGAAAAUAUUAUGGCAAAUGUAUUAACCAGAGGACCCAGUGGAAUUGAUCUGGAGUUCAAUUACCAAAAUCGAGAAAACGGCAAACUUCUAGAUGAGAUCGGCCGCAUUUUAGUCAAUCUCUGUAACAUUGUGCCAGGUGGAAUCGUCGUAUUUUUACCAUCUUACAAGUAUGAAGUAACAGUCAACAAGCAUCUCGAAGAUACAGGGAUUUUGAAAAAGUUAUCCGGGAAGAAGCAUAUCUUUCGGGAGUCUAAACUUGCUUCAGAAGUGGAGAAGACACUCGAAGAAUAUACGAAAUCCAUUAAAAGUCCCCAAAGUCCGCGGAACGGGUCACUAUUAUUCAGCGUGAUCGGAGGCAAAUUAAGUGAAGGACUAAAUUUUUCGGACAACUUGGGACGUUGUAUCAUUGUGAUUGGCAUGCCGUAUCCAAAUAUAAAAUCACCAGAACUGCAGGAAAAGAUCAAGUUUUUAAAUGAGAAUACAGCACCAAAUGCUGGAAAUAUAUUUUACGAAAAUCUGUGCAUGAAAGCCGUAAAUCAAUGCAUCGGGAGAGCUAUACGUCACGCGAACGAUUAUGCAACCGUCGUUUUACUUGAUAAACGAUACGCGCAUAAAUCGAAGUCAUUGCCCAAAUGGAUACAAAAUUCAUUGUUUGUCACUGACUCAUUUGGUACAACUGUCCGCAGUAUGGCAAAAUUCUUUGCUGACAAAAGAAAAAAAGACGUCUCGUCGGUAUAG